AUGGCUUCGAUCAACAAGACGGAGUUCAAGGUUCUUGAGCUGAACGGCAAGAACUAUCAAACCUGGGCACUCGACUGUGAGUUCCAUCUGCAGGCGAUGCAGCUGACUCCCAUGAUCGCCAGGCCUGCAGCCGGUGUUCCUGCUCCGCCACCCCAUGACAAGGCAAAAGCUUGCAUCCUUCGCUUUUGUGACCAGGUCGUCACUGAACUUGAUAUGAUUGAGAAAACUCUCGAGACUUUCCACCCCACCAACAUGGUACUCCAGCAGCAGUACCGUAACAACAAGUACAUGAAGUACUGUGAUCUCAUCAAUGUGCUGCUUGCCGUUGAGGCUCAGAAUGAACUCUUGAUGAAGAACUUCCACAUGCGCCCUGUUGGGACACAGGCACAUCCUGAAGCACAUGCCAGUUUCCGUAACAGUAACGAGGCAAAAAAAGAGAGAGGAAAGUUUAAGAACAGAGGCCAGAAGUCCAAUUGCAAUGGCAAAGGCCAGAAGUUCAAUGGCAAUGGCAAAGGCAGGUCCCUGAAGGGCUCAAAGGACGAGCAUUGGUCCCGUACUUGCACUACCGACCCACACUUGAUUGAGCUAUAUCAAGAGUGGAAGAAGCGCCAAAACCCGGAGGUACACUUCGUCCAGGCAUCUGUCGUUGUUGUGACUGGACUACACCUCCUGAAGCCAUCAGAGCCUACAGAGAAGCUUGAAUCAGCAACUAUGGAUGUUGAUCAUAAUGCCACCGGUGAUCGUACUGCUGAAAAGGGAGAUGCCUAUACUGGUGAUGAUGAUUUUGACCUCGACAACGAGGAUCUCCUGGACGAGGACUAG